GGAGUCUGAAUAGCUAUAGCUACUAGAUAUAUUUAUAGAAAAAAAUAAAGUGUUUCAUAUUCGCAAGUCAUCGAUACUUAAAAACAACAAAACCAUAAUUUAGGAUCUAAAUAAUUCCAAAAUAUCAUCAGAUUCACAUAACACACCAAACACUCUCCAAUGCACACACAUAAAUCAUGGCACAGAAUAUCAUCAUCAUCACCUUAAUCUUGUUAACUUGUACCAUAAUCAUUCCAAAAACACAAUCUUUUAAAGCACCAAUUCUUCCACAAGAUUUGCUACCUUUAUUGCCCAGACAAAUUUCAUGGCCAAUUUUGAGGUCACUCCGAACAGCCACCGAUAUUCUGCCCACUUUUGUCGGAGCCGCCGCUGUCACUAACAAUUCAGAGAUUAUUAACUGGAAAGGGUCUUGUUUUUAUGAAAACAAUGCUUGGUUAGAGCUUCAUAAUAAAAGUGGAAGUCAAUUUGGUGGUGGCACUCUUCAUAUUAAGGUAAGCAAUGCCCACAGCUGGACAUGUAUGGAUCUUUAUCUCUUUGCUACUCCUUAUCGUGUGAAGUGGGACUAUUACUUUUUAUCUCGGGAACAUAAGGUUGAAUUUCAUGAAUGGGAAGGGAAAGCGGAAUAUGAAUAUGUAAAAAAUAAGGGUGUUGCUAUUUUUCUAAUGGAAUCGGGAAUGUUGGGAACUCUUCAAGCAUUGUGGGAAGUAUUCCCAUUGUUUACAAAUACCGGAUGGGGUGAGAGUGCAAAUCUUGCAUUCCUUGAGAAAUAUAUGGGUGCCAAGUUUGAAGAGCGUCCCCAACCGUGGGUCACAAAUGUUAACAUAGAUGACAUACAAUCAGGGGACUUCCUUGCAAUAUCGAAGAUCCGUGGGCUAUGGGGUGGGUUUGAGACACUUGAGAAAUGGGCUUCUGGGGCAUAUGCUGGCCACUCUGCUGUUUGCUUAAGGGACUCUGAAGGCAAACUAUGGGUCGGAGAGUCUGGACACGAAGAUGAAGAGGGUCAAAACCUUAUUGUUGUGUUACCAUGGGAAGAGUGGUGGAACUAUGAGCUGACAAAAGAUAACAAUAAUCCCCAUAUUGCAUUGCUUCCUUUGCAUCCUGACCUUCGGUCCAAGUUCAAUGAAACAGCCGCAUGGGAGUAUGCACGAAGCAUGAUAGGAUUGCCGUAUGGUUACCAUAAUCUGAUAUUUAGCUGGAUAGACACUAUUAAUGGAAACUAUCCACCUCCAUUGGAUGCUCAUCUGGUUGCUUCCGUUAUGACCGUAUGGAACCAAUUGCAACCCGCAUAUGCUGCCAACAUAUGGAACGAAGCCUUGAACAAGCGGCUUGGGACUCAGGGCCUUGACCUUCCUGAAAUUUUGGUAGAAGUUGAAAGGCGCGGUUCAUCAUUCGCUGAAUUGUUAACCAUUCCCGAACAAGAUGACUGGACAUACGUUGAUGGAAAAUCAACUUCUUGUGUUGCAUUUAUCCUAGAAAUGUACAAAGAAGCAGGACUUUUUGGUGAUAUUGCAGACAAGAUCCAAGUGACUGAAUUUACAAUAAAAGACGCAUAUACCCUCAACUUCUUUGAAAACAACUCGAGUCGCCUGCCAAAAUGGUGCAACGAUGGUGACACAGUAAAGCUUCCAUUCUGUCAAAUUACUGGAAAGUAUCGAAUGGAGUUACCUGGAUACAAUACCAUUGAGCCGUAUCCACAUAUGGCUGAAAAUUGCCCAUCAAUGCCUCCAGAUUACUUGAGACCAAAAUAUUGCUGAAGGAUACCAAUCAAUUGGUAGUAGUACAGUACUCAGAAUCAACUGGUUAUUGAUGUGUAUAUUUGACAGACUGAAUACAUAGUGCAAUAACGUACUUAAACAGUUAAACUACAUAAAGAUAUCUUGGGUCUGCAUUAGAUCAAUUAGAGGUCAUGUAGCGGUUUAUAGGUUUUUUAGAUGUUAUUGAAGUCUUGGAUUGUAUAUUGUAGAAGUGAAUAUUAUGUUUUUAUUUAACAGAGUUCGAUAGUUAUUAAUGACCACGUAUAAUUCAAAUGUCUGCUAAA